UACGUGCAGUUCACUGUGCACAGCUGAGAGGUUUGCAGCUCGGACAGCUUCAGAUUCCUAAACACUGACUUAUGAUCCACCAAGUUACAAGAUGAGGCCGCAGGAGGGUGACGACAAAAGACCAGGUGGAGAGCAAGAGGAGUCUAUAUUGGCCAGAGAAAAACUGCAGGACUCCUUGUGGCAGUACACCUCAGAUACCCUCAGAUACAUUGACAUGGUGAGGAAAUUCUGUGACACGAAGUCUGAAUGGAUUUCUGAGCGGAAGAAAGAGGUGGUCAAGAUGAAGGACAUCAAAGACAAGGCGGACAAAAUCGACCUGGACUUCAGCCAUGUCACUGAGUCUGAGAAGAAAGCCCAGGCCCUGUUAGAAUACACAAAGAGCAAGCUGAGCCUCACUGCAAACAGGAGGCGUGAGGAGCUGAAGAAGGAGUUGGCCACUGUGCUGAAGGACUCUCUGGAAGGCUUGGAGAAGCUCGACUCCUUCCUGGAUGCUGUGGAGCGGCUGGCAGUCACCUCGCUGCAGGUGUUCAUGGAGGAGAACCAGGUGUUAGAGCUGCCCCGAGGGAUCAGCCCUGAGAGAGUUCAGGCUGUCAUUACUGCUGCAAGGCUGGUCUGCCCACUGCUCCUUGAGUUUAAGAGAGAUGCAAGUGCCUUCUUCCUUCCCAGCAUCCACAAUGUGGAAGUGCUGGCAGCUUAUUUGGAUAAAUACAUAUGCAUCACCCAGGAAAUCUGUGAGGAAUUACAGAAAUGCUCUAUCAAUGACCUUUGGCAGAAGAUGACUAAAGCAACAGUGGUUCACCUUGCUGUGGAUUUGUCUAAAGACGAAAUACAAAGUAUGCUUUGUCUUAUCAGAGACCUUAUGAGUAUCAGGAUGGACCAGCACUUCAGGCUGGUGUUCUUGUUCCAGGAAAUGUCGUGUUCGAAGUUCAUCCGUGAGUUCAGAGAGCGAAAACCCAGGAUGCUGCAGUUUCUGUCUGACCUGGAGGAGACUGCUGUCCAGCUCGACAGGAUGAAGAUGGGGGCAAAGAUUUCUAGUGUGGCUGGCAGCUCAGUGGGGGCAACUGGAGGUGUGCUUUCCACUGUUGGUUUGGCCUUAGCUCCUGUCACAGCUGGGGUGUCUUUAGCUCUGACCUUGACUGGGGUCGUGCUGGGAGUGACCAGCGGAGUCAACAGUCUUGUCACAACAGUCACAGAGAUUGGGAUCAACCACAAAAAUGAAAACAAAGCUAAUGAACUCUUCCAGAAGUUUAUGGAGGAUGUGCAGAUUGUCCAGGGGUGUCUAGAGAAAGUGUCCAGUCAGGUGUUCAACAGAAUUGAGGUGAAUGAAUUGCAAUUGGUCAUGGAGGUCGGAAAGGUGGCCAAUAAAGUUGACAAAGUUAGAAGAGCUCUUGUAAAAGGCAUUGAUUCCGUUGCUGAUGCUGCCUGUGCUGUGAUUGUAAAAAGUGAUGACGUGAUCCUAAGUGCUGGCCAGGAAGCUAAAGCAUUAAGUAAUGCAUCCAGGGUGGCCUCAGACAUCCCAGAUGUUGGACAAGCAGCUGCCAGAGGGCCUCUUGCUCUCUCCAAGUCAGCCAGAGCUGGUUUAAUAACAGCUAAUGUCCUUUUUAUUGGUUUGGACAUCUUCUUCAUCUGUAAAGACAGCAUCAGUCUGGCCAAAGGCAGCAAGAGUGAUGUCUCAGAGUUCAUCAGAGCCAGAUCUGCACUUUGGCGUUCAGAGCUGGACUCAUGGCAGAGGAUCCAUGACUCCCUGUGUCAAGGCCUGGAGACAUCAGAGAAGACCCAAACUAUCCUGGAGAUGCCAUUUUAUCCAGAGGAAGAUGAAUAAACAAAAGCUGAAUCUGAUCCAGUGGAGAAGAAACC